AUGGAAUUAAACCUAAUUGUAUUUCCAAGACCGAAAUCAUCCUACUCCUAUGAAACUUUAGGCGAUAAGCUUAUUUUUAUUCCAAAAUUUGAGCUUAAAAACCCUAAAUUGAGUAAGGCACCUAAUGAUUUCAACUUUUUUUCAACUCAAUCACUCGAUUUCCCUUAAUCUCAAAGACUGACAAGCUACAGCAAACCAGUUAUCGUUAGUGGCCAUCAAUAAAUAAAAAGUUAAAAAGCUACUCAUCAGAUCACUUAGAGUAUGUAGAUCAAGUACUAAUCUCCUAUAAAAGCAGAUAUAUCAAUUCAUACAGAUCCAUAUCAAUUCAAGCAACUCUCACACUUUGCAGAUAAAUACCGUGCAGAAGAUGUUCCUACUGAAUAAACUUUGAAUUUUUAAAAUUUAAGAGCAUCCCAACCAUAUGCUUUUGUACCAAAGAAUGGAGCCCCCUCAUUCAAAGGGAAAAUGCUAACUAGACUGUCACAUAAAUUAAGAGACAGUUUGUCUCUUAAUACUAGAGAGAGUGUUCAUGUUAAAAAAGAUUUAAAAGCUAACAAGUUGUCCUAGAAAUUCUCAAGCAACAACGAAGAUUAUGGGGCACUAUAUCAAAGUGUAAAUGUGUCUAAAUAGAGUAAAAAUAGUCAUUAAUUUGGCAGCAAUCCGAAAUCUCCAAACUACUCUAUGGAUAAUCUCAGUUCACCGCUGUCCUCUUCUAAUAUUAAUAAAGGGAUUUAAGAUAAAAACGAUAAACUUUUCUCCUUAAUUUCUUAGUCUAGUGUAGACUAUGAAUAAGCAUGCAAAAGGAAAAUUUCUGAUUUCAUACCUUGUCUGUUAUUGAAAUAUGAGCAAGGUUCGUCAAAAAUUUUCCUAUAUUUUCAUGCUAAUGCUGAAGACUUAGGUAAAGCCUUGAAAUUUCUAACCUAUGUCAACGUUUAUUUGAAGAUGCAUGUACUAGCAGUUGAAUAUCCAGGAUAUGGAGUGUACUAAGGUGAGACAUCUUCUGCAGAAAAAAUUAUUUCAGACGCAGAUAUAGUGUAUAACUUUGUUUUGAAACAGCUAUUUUGGAAGGAAUCUGAUAUAAUAGUGUGUGGAAGAUCCAUUGGAAGUGGCCCAGCUUGCUAUAUUUCUUCAAAUUAUAAGCCAGCAUGUUUAGUCCUAAUUUCACCUCAUACUUCUAUCAGAGGUGUUGUUAAAGAUUAAUUCCUUGGCAGAUUCACAUAAUAUGUGAUAGCUGAAAGAUUCAGAAAUAUUGAAGCAAUCGCUAAAGUUAGGUGUCCAACAUUUAUCCUCCACGGAAUGAAGGAUAAUCUUGUGAACUUUUCUCAUUCUCAAAGAUUAUGUGACACUUGCGGAGGCCCAAGCUUUCUGUUAUUACCAGAAAAUAUGGAUCAUAACAAUUUAGAUGUAAUUUACGAUUUCAUUGCACCGUUAAGUGAAUUCCUUGACAAUUUCUCAAUCUCCACAAAUAAUAAUCACCUGAUUUUAAUGAAUGAAGUGAGAUCUAAAAGUAUGGACAAAUCUGCUAGAAGGUAAAAUAAAAGAUCCGAUAUGCAAGUGCAAAUUCAUCCCAUUCAAAUACAAGGAAACUAAGGGUUACAAUCUGGAAAUUCUUAAGGGCCCAAAAAAGAGAGAUCUAAUUCUAGAUAGUCAGAUGAAGUAGAGGAUGAUGAUGAAAGUGAGGAGACAAGACCUAAGAAGGGGCAUGAUAUUUUUAAUCUAAACCCUCAGAUUUAGAAAAAUACAAUAAAUCAGAGCAAUAUCUAAAUGAAUAAUGUUGAUGAAAAUGAUAGCAUUAAUCAAGGUCAUACCUCUGAUGAGGAUGUUCCAACAGAAUUAGACACAGAGAAUUUUUAGAUUACAUUGGUAAAAAAUAGAGAUUCUGAAACUCAUUAAUCUACUAAUAGACUUCAUCCAGCUUUGAAUUUUGAGGUAAAAGCUAAUUUAAUGAGUUCCAGAGUAAAACAUUCCCAAGAUAACAAUGUCUUAACCACUGAAUAAUAUAAUGAUAUGAUUACGCUAAUAAACAAUGAUGCACUUAACGGAUAACUUUCAAAUAGAAAUAGAAAUAGCAAAAUAAAGAGUAAAAGUGGAACUUAGACCUCUUAUGUUAAUUCCAAAAUGCAUUAGAAAAAAAUCAAUCUUUACAAAGGGCCUCAUUUGUUAGUUGAUGAAAUUUACCUGCAAAAACCUCAAUAACUUAUUGAGAAGUCUGAAAAAUUUAAAAAUUAUGUAAAGUAGCAACAGGAGUUAGAAUCAUUACAAAUAAGAAAAAGCGCAUAAAGUGAACACAAUAAUAGCAAACCAAUAGGUUUUGUUGGACUAAGAAAAUAAUCUAUAAGACUAUAAAUUUGA